AGAGCAAUUUGCGAACUUGGCCAACGAUGCCAAAUGGCCAUGAGUGAUGAACGACACAAACACCACCGACACCACCGAGACCGCGACAACUACCACCAGCUCGAGCACAGUCACUGCAACAAGCACCCGCACAACUACAACUACUGUCGCCCCAGGCGACGCGUCCACCUGCGCGCGCCAUGCAAAGAGCUGCGAGCGCUGCUUCGAGUCCGGGUGCCGCUACUGCCAGGUGAGUCCGGAGUUGUGGAACUUUGCAAACGACGACCCGCCCAGCGUCAUAGACUAUGUGUGCUUGCAGCGGGACCGAGAAUGCAUUGACCUUCUGCAGCUGCGUCCAGAUGUCAGAAGCGUUGAGACCGUCCCAGCCAAUGGCUGUGCCGCGUUGGACCCGGCGAAGGCGGCGAGCACACGCGCCCCAACCACAGCUCAGCCGGCUGGAAGCCACGAUGUGGGCAAAGUUUCGCCCGGUGGGGGUCAGCAGUGGUGGCCCGAGGAGUGGGGCAUUGUGGUUUGGCUCGCCAUUAUCAUCGCCACUGGCUUCUUGUUGCUUGGUUGCUGCUGCCUGAUGUUUCGAUGCCGGCGGCGGUUUCAGCGCGUGCACGUGGCGCCGCAGAGUGGCAUGGACCUGCGGAUGUUCCGAAUCAAGGGCUCCGUGAAGUGGGACUUCGCCAAGGCCGGCACCGUGGGCGGCAACGACCUGGAGGCAGCCAAGCUGGCCCUGGAGGCGCUGCGUGCCGAGGCGACUACGCUGCCGCCUCGAUGCCUCACCUUUUGGGCAUCCAACCACUUGCGGGUGCCAGUGCUGGCAGAGUUGGAUGGCCUGCUCGCCGGCUAUGCGGCGCUGACUCUGAGCUUUGACGCAGAUUGGCGGCGAGCGGAUGAUGCCACGAUGGCUGCCCUGGCGAGAUUGCUCAUGAAGUACCGCGGGCGCUGCAAGUUCAGAACAGGCGGUUCGCAGCCUCUGGCACUGCCUCUCCAAACGCAAGCCACUCUUGGAGCCCUGGGAGAUGCGCUGGCGGCCUCCCACAACGAGGUAGACAGCGUGAUCUUCGAGAAGGGCCCCAGAGAUUUGGAGCCCUGCCGCGUGUCCUUUGCUGCGCUGAGGCUUAGCUCUCAGGAGGUUGCCUUCAACCGGCAGCCGCUGGGCGACAUGGGCUGUGCCUUGGUCUGCGGCUUUGUGCGCUCCUGGGGCGCCAGGUUGCAGAUUGCCAGGCUGGUGGAGUGCGGCUUGGGGGACCUCGCCAUCAGCAGCGUCUCACGGCUCUUGGCUCACGCCAAGCAUCCGGCCACAGGCCUGCGCGAGCUGAAUCUGAGCGCCAAUAAAUUCGGCGAUCGCGGGGUGGCGGAGCUGGCGGAUGCACUGCCGCUGCUGGACUCGCUGGAGAAGCUACUUCUGGAUCGGAACAACAUCGGCCCGGCCGGCGCGCAGGUGCUGGCCGCACGGCUCCCUCGCAGCAACGUGCGGGAGCUGGUAAUGGGCACCCACCUGGGUGGCAACGCAAUCGGCCCCGCGGGCGUUCAGGCCUUGGCCGGGGCGCUGAGCGACGGCCUGGCGCGGGCGGCGGCCAACCGCGCCACGCGGCUGGAGGCCUUGGCGCUGGACGGCUGCGGCGUGGCGGAGCUCGGGGCCCAGGCAUUGGCUGAGUCACUGCCGAAGAGCGCCCUCAUGGCCCUGUCUGUUGCCCGCGGUGGCUUGGGCGACAACGACGCAACGGCCAUUCUGCUUGCCUUGCCGAACUCCAUCGCCUUUUUGGAUAUGUCAGGAAACGAGCUGAGCGACCUCACUGCAUCCAUCGCUGGCGAGGCGCUCUACAAGAGGCCAGGGAUGUCCGUCAACCUUGCGGCAAACUACCUGAGUUCUACCAUCAAGAUGUUGUUGGCGGAGGAGCAUGGAAGCAGGCUUCGCCUUUGAGCUUGGCACUUGGCCGCUUUGGCCUUCUUGGCAUCGCGCGGUGUUUGGUUGGCUUGUGUAGUUAGGGAGAUGAAACGCCUCUCCGGACCUCGGCUUGCAAAGCAACCAGGAACGGCAGGAGAGCUGUUUGUGCAACACUGGCGAAAUGAUGCCAGUUGCUCGCUUGCACGCUUGCUUGACAAACCUUGGAACGCAUGCAAGAAGCCUGACAAUUCGAUCAGGUCCUGCAGACUGCAGGGCUUAUGUGAAAUCUCGCGCCCGUUGCCACGACUCGAAUCUGCAUGUUGGCCUCGCUGAUUUGCAAAGG